UAUUAAAGCCAAAACGACAACGGUUUUCUUUGUUUCUCCCAAAUUUUCGAUCUCCCGCCAAAAUCCAGCUCAGAGAACUGAAAUUCGAAAUCCAUCGGAGGAAGCUACAGAAAGAGAAAGGCAGAGACCGAGAUGGGGUUGGUUUCAAGGUCCGGGUCCGGGUCCGGAGACCCAAGCGGGUACAUGGAUAUCCUGGCUUCAUACUUUCCCCAACAGCUUUUCCCAACAAUCGAAGACGACUGCCUCAACCUCACUUCUGCUCUCUUUUCCUUCUUCUCCACUCCACUUGCCCUAAAUCUCGCUUCUCAGGUAAAAGAUGACGAUGGCGUCUUCGUUUUGUCAAUUGACUUCCAACAAUUCCGGAAAGUAUGUGAUCUCGAAGAGUUUUACAUAAUGCUAGAGGAUAAACCUAAGGCGGCUCUCUUAUGCACGAGUGCCGCAAUUCACAAGGUUCUUUUGAAUAAUUUGGAGAAAAACAUGAUUGAAGAUGGUGCGAAAAUAAAUAUACGACUGCACAACUACCCUGAAACUAUGAUUGCCCUGAAGAACUUAAAAGCAGCUUAUAUUGACAAGCUUGUAUCCGUGCGUGGUACUGUAGUAAAGGUUAGCACUGUCAGGCCUCUAGUGGUGCAGAUGAGUUUUCACUGUGCAAAGUGCAAAACUGAAAUUACACGUAUUUUCCCUGAUGGAAAGUUUUCACCACCACAAAGUUGUGAUUUAUAUGGAUGCAAGAGCAAGAAUUUUAAUCCAAUUCGAUCUACAGCUCAAACAAUAGAUUUUCAGAAAAUAAGGCUGCAGGAACUUUUAAAGCCUGAAGAUCAUGAAGAAGGUCGAGUUCCUCGAACAGUAGAAUGUGAACUAACCCAAGAUCUUGUUGAUGUAUGCAUACCUGGAGAUGUGGUGACUGUCACUGGAAUCAUCAGAGUAAUUAAUAAUUACAUGGAUAUUGGAGGAGGAAAAUCAAAAAGCAAAAAUCAAGGGUUCUACUACUUGUAUCUAGAAGCAGUUUCGAUUAAAAACUCCAAGUCACAGUCUACACCUGAGGAUUCACAAGAUUCUAAUUCUAAAGCUAGAGCUACGGAGCUGUGCAAUUUAUUCUCAUUUUCUCCAAGGGAUUUGGAAUUUGUUGUGAAGUUUAAAGAGGAAAAUGGCUCAGAUAUCUUCAGGCAAAUACUUCAAUCUAUAUGUCCUUCAAUCUAUGGACAUGAACUUGUUAAAGCGGGCAUAACAUUAGCACUGUUUGGAGGUGUUCGGAAGCAUUCAAAGGACCGGAACAAGGUCCCUGUUAGAGGAGACCUUCAUGUCAUAGUUGUUGGUGAUCCUGGACUAGGAAAGAGCCAAAUACUGCAAGCAGCAGCUGCUGUUUCUCCACGUGGCAUUUAUGUAUGUGGCAAUGCCACUACAAAAGCAGGCCUCACUGUAGCUGUUGUGAAGGAUUCCAUGACAAGUGACUAUGCUUUUGAGGCAGGUGCCAUGGUCCUUGCAGACGGUGGGUUGUGCUGCAUUGAUGAGUUUGACAAAAUGUCUGCAGAACAUCAGGCUCUACUGGAAGCCAUGGAACAACAAUGUGUCUCCAUUGCAAAGGCUGGACUGGUAGCAAGUUUAUCUGCCCGAACUUCAGUCUUAGCAGCAGCAAACCCUGUUGGUGGUCAUUAUAACCGAGCAAAAACUGUGAAUGAAAAUUUGAAAAUGAGUGCUGCACUCCUCUCACGAUUUGAUCUGGUUUUCAUAUUACUUGAUAAACCUGAUGAAUUUCUGGAUAAGCGAGUCUCAGAGCACAUCAUGUCGCUUCAUUCUGGACAUGGAGAACUUUCACCAGCUGCAAAAAAGCUACGGAGAGAUGCAGCAUCACAGAGUGCUCAAGGCAUAAAUGUGAGUGUAAAAGGUGGUUCUUUAGUUUCUCAGUGGAGACUUGACCCAAAGAAAGAUGUCGAUUUUGUUCCACUACCAGCUCAACUUCUUCGCAAAUAUAUUGCUUAUGCUCGAACAUAUGUCUUUCCUAGGAUGUCAAAGCCGGCAGCAGAAAUCCUGCAGAAGUUUUACUUACAACUUAGAGAUCGUAGUACAUCAGCUGAUGGUACACCAAUAACUGCCAGGCAACUGGAAAGUCUAGUCAGGCUGGCAGAGGCUCGAGCUCGGCUAGACUUAAGAGAAGAGAUAACAGCCCAAGAUGCAAUGGAUGUGGUUGAAAUAAUGAAAGAAUCUUUGUAUGACAAGUAUGUUGAUGAGCAUGGUUUUGUGGACUUUGGUCGGAGUGGGGGGAUGAGUCAACAGAAAGAAGCAAAACGGUUUUUAAGUGCUCUCAAUAAGCAAUCAGAAUUGGAUCAGAAAGAUUGCUUUUCAAUUUCUGAAAUUUACAGCUUGGCAGAUAGGAUUGGUCUUAGGGUUCCUGAUAUUGACACAUUUGUGGAUAAUUUAAACAGUGUGGGUUAUCUACUCAAGAAGGGACCAAAGAUAUAUCAGGUGCUGUCCUCAUCUUAUUCACGAAGUCAAUCAUCAAGGUCGAGGGGAUAAACUGGAAUAGCAUUAGAGAGCAGGUCCAAUUUUGUUUCUUUUUAAAACAUUCUUCUGAAGUCCUGUCAAAUCACUUCAGAUGCAUCAUUACUGAUUGUCAUCAAUGCUAAAAAGUUGUAUUGAUGGGUUUAUGGUAACAUCUAUAUUAAAAAAUUCUUCAACUAUAUAAAUUGUAAAUUAAGCGUUAUGUCAUGUAUAUAUUAACAGAUUGGAUAAAACAAACAAUGUUGGGCAGCAAGUUUGUAGAGACAAAUAGUAUGUUGUUGCCCUUAGAAGUUCAAUAUGAAUGAAUUUUCAUCAAA